UCUCGUGCUUAUGGCGGCGCCCAGCCAGGACGGGAGGAGAAGGAAGCAGUUUGGGAACCGCUUCCUCACCGACCCGGCUCGCCUCUUCCAGCACAACGCCUGGGAUAACGUGGAGUGGUCUGAGGAGCAGGAAGCCGCAGCACAAGCGAAGGUCCAAGAGAACAGCACAGAGAUUGUGCCACAAGAUCAGCAAGAUGCUUAUGAGACCAGUGCCAGCAAGUAUUGGAAUAACUUUUACAAAACCCACGAAAAUGGGUUUUUCAAGGACCGACACUGGCUGUUCACCGAAUUUCCUGAGCUGGCUCCAAACCAGAAUGCCAAUACGGUUGACGUGUGUGCCUCUGAGGCUGCUGCUGCGAAAAACACAAAAGGCUCAGGCCUUCGGGAGUGCAAUGGACUUAGUUCACCGGAGACUGGGAUCUUGGAGCGCCAGGACUCGGAGAUAAACAGUUGUAACUCCACCCACCAAACGCAAACAGAAGUGGCAGCGCAGAAACUGGGGGAACAAAAACUAAGAGACUUCCCAGGGUCAUCUGCUACUUACAGAAUACUAGAGGUGGGCUGUGGAGCAGGAAACACUGUUUUCCCCAUCCUCCAAACCAACAAUGAUCCGGGUUUGUUUGUAUAUUGCUGUGACUUCUCCAAAACAGCGGUAGAGCUCGUCCAGGCCCAUCCGGAAUAUGACACCUCUCGCUGCUUCGCCUUUGUCCAUGACCUGUGUGAGACCGGGACCCCCUUUCCGAUGCCAGACGAAAGCGUGGACGUUGUGGUUCUCAUCUUCGUCCUUUCUGCUCUGCUCCCGGAAAAAAUGCAGUGUGUAAUCAACAGACUUAGCAAACUACUAAAACCUGGCGGAAUUAUUUUAUUACGAGAUUAUGGCCGUUAUGAUCUAGCCCAACUCCGCUUUAAAAAAGGUCAGUGUCUGGCUGAUAACUUCUACGUGAGAGGAGAUGGCACCAGAGUUUAUUUUUUCACACAAGAUGAGCUGGAUUUGCUGUUCUCUACAGCAGGCUUGGAGAAAGCCCAAAACAUUGUGGACCGCCGCCUCCAAGUGAACAGAGGGAAACAAAUCACCAUGUACAGAGUCUGGAUCCAGUGUAAAUAUCGCAAGCCAAAGGGCGACAAGGAAUCUCCAGGAGAAAGGAGCAGCUUUCACCCUAGUGGCUGCACGUAGCGAGACUCGGACCUCUCCCCUGGGCGGUUGCCUCCAAUACACUUGGGAACUCACUGCAGACUUGGUGCAGCAAACAGGACUGCAUGGUGCUUAUAUUAGAGGCACAAAGUUUACUGGCACAAGCCCCAAUACAGAGCAAAAUUUUUAAAUUUG